UGAACCCUCCUACUGCAUUUCUUCUUCUUUUCCAACAAAUCAUUCAUAUUCUAAAAAUCCAUAGUUUUUUUAGCCUAUAUAUAUGUGUGAAAAACUUAUCAUAACAUUAUACAGAAAAACUAAGAAAAGAAAGCCAUAAGCAGAAAUAGUAAGAUUUUAGUUUUAACUCAAGACAAAAUCAUGUACGUGACAAGGCCUCUGUCUUUGCUUAGAAGGUCUCCUGAGCUACUCAAUUCAGCACCCAAAGAGGGUCCGAACUCUGGUUAUCUGGUUCUCUUCGAUGAAGAAUGUGAAACGACGACUUGUUUCGGAUUGUGUAAAGAAAGGUCAAUCAAGGCCCUGCCUUUUCCUCAGAACAAAGAUCUAACUGUUACUUAUACAAUUAGCAAUGGACAGAGCAGCACCACCUAUUGUGAUGAUGUUGUUUUCGUUCCAGUGCUAGAUCAACCCCUCUCUUCCAAUAAGUACUACGUGAUUCGCCGCCAAGGAAAACAUAAAGGUGAAGCCAGUGCUAACUCAACAGAAGAUGACAUGGGAACAUGCUGCUGCUGUACAUACAUUAAAGACGUCAAGCCCAGACCCUUGGAUCCUUUAGACAUGAAUCAGCAAAUUCAGAUCAUCCAAAAGCGUCGCGGAAGCUUCACAGCAACAUCCGUCGCAGAAAACGGCUUUCCUCCUACGUUUUUGAGGAGAAAAUACUGGAACCUCUACAUGCGGACUCCCCGCCAUUAUCAUCUAGAUGAAGCCCCUGGCCUCAACUCCUCCCUGAGAUCACAGCUUCCCGACCUCAACAUCUUGUCCAAUUCGGCUACUUCUGGAAGUGUGGUCGUGGGAAAAUGGUACUGCCCUUUUACGUUCGUCAAGGAAUUAGAGGGAAAACUCAAUGAGCAGGUGAAGUAUUCCAUGUUUUAUGAGAUGACACUUGAGCAGAGAUGGGACAAGGUUUUUGAAGGUGACAACGUUGGAAACGACAUGAAAAUGGUGAGUGUUGAUGUGUUUGUUAACAGAGAAGAGGCUUGUGUUGAUGGAAAGGAAGCUAUAUGCGAGUGGGGUCAUGUUGAUGAUGGAGUUAUCUGGUUUACAAGUUCUGGUAAAGGACAAGAUCAAUCAGGAAGGUUAUUGGGGUUGAGCAAAUUGAUAAUGGAGAGAAUAAGGUGGGAAGAAGAGAGAGUUGGGUUCACAGUGGAUGAGUUUGAAAGGCAAGUGAAUGUGAAAAGAACAGAGGAGUUUGAUGGAAAAGAGUGGAGCAAAUUUGGAUGUUAUGUUUUGGUAGAGAGAUUCGUGUUGAGGAGAGUGAACGGCACCGUAUUGUUGACUCUUGAUUUUAAGCAUACCAACCAAAUUAGGUGCAAAUGGGAAUGAGAAACAUUGGACACUCCAAUAUACUAGAAUGUUGUUUAUGUUCUGCAUUUCUGUAUGUUCUUUUCUUUUUUUUUUCCACCUUCUAAAGUGUGUGAUAUUACUAUGGCGAAGUACUUUUUACUUCGUGAUGGUAUUUAUUUAUUUGGUUAUAUGUUCAUAUGUUGAUGAAACAUAAUUGUGAGGAUUGCAUUUUCCUUGGUGUGUAUGAAUAAAUAAACCAUUUCUUGCUA